AUGGAUGUGUCGAACUAUUCGGGUCCGUACUUACCAGGUUUCAUGCCAAUGGCUGUCGAUUCUCACCAAUGGCAACAAUUUAAUGAGAGUAUUGCGAGUAACAUUGAUCACUUAGCAAUUGCCUUACCGCGUCAAUCAAUCCAACUCACAAUGAGCUGGUAUGAGCGUGUGCUUGGUCUGACACGUCUUCUUAUUAAUCGUGAAGAUGAUCCAUUUCAAGGAUUUGCAGUACGUGUCGGAUCUAUAGGGAUGCGUAUGUUUGCAGGUCUAUACUGGAAAUGCGCUGAAACAGGAUGUGUUGAUGUAUCAAAAAAAUUUAAAUUAGUUUUUGUUGAAUCAUUGAUUGAUGACGAUUCAAAUGCAACGGAUCAGAUUACGACAUUUAUUAAAAACCAUAAUGAUCAAGGAGGCAUUCAGCACAUGGCAUUCACAUGUGUUAACAAUAUCAAACAUGCUGUGCGCACAGCCAAAGUACAUGGUGCGGAAUUUUUAACUCCUUGCGUAGACUAUUAUUUGCAAGAGAACAAUGGUACAGUGAUAGAAUCAGCUGGGGAAAGUGCGGCCGACCUUAGCGAGUUAGGUAUUUUGCUUGAUGAUGAAGCUGAUGAUGAUAAUACACAGGGCACUACAUCGACAGUGGCAGAAACAAAACGUGUUCUUUUACAAAUCUUUACAACAUCAUUGUUCAACAACUAUACCUUCUUCUUAGAGCUCAUUGAACGACGUGGUGCUAAUGGUUUUGGUUCUGGAAAUGUACGGACACUAUGGAAAAUUGUUCAACAGCGAAUCGAUCGUAAUACAUAA